AUGGCGGGUGAAAGCGCCCAACACGACCGCAUAGGCCUGCUGGGUCACGCCAACGGCUUCGGCUCAGGCGCGGAUGACUCGAGAGCAACAUCACCAGGUAUAGGCGGCGAUCGUGCUCUCAUCGGAAGCAGCGGCGAUAAGGAUAUAGACAUGGCGCGGCUGGGGCGGACAAGGCCUCGAGUCUUCCCAUACGCCAAAUACCUUCCAUAUGAGACGGAGACGCCGGAGCAGAGGGAGAAGGACAUGGACGAGAUGAUCAGGCUGCUCUACGUCUCCAUCAAGUCUGGAGACUUUGUGCCGGGAGCAGUGCACUGGACGAAAGAGAUAAGAGGGUGGAUGAGUCUGAAGUUCGACCUCACACGGAAACAGCGGAUAUCGCUUGUCGAGCUCUACUACGAGCUCGCGCUUGCUCCUGGUCUGGAGUACAGCGUGGCGGAGAGGUUCGCGAGCAUGUUCAUGGUUCUGACCAAGAGGAAGCACUACCUGCGGCCGGGAGUGGACUUGACGCUGGACUGGCGGCCCUUGUGGAAAGAGCUGAAGAUCUUCGUCCUGCCGUCGGAGAGCAGCACCCAGAACACCUACAGCAGCAAGCGUAAUGUGCGGACGCUAACGAAGAUGUGCACGUUCGCCCAGCUGUUCUUUGAUCCGAAGGAAGUCCCCGCGAUGAUGGAAGAAUUCCUCCCCUACUACAGCAUGUCGUUCUCCGAGAAUGCAUUCGUGGUGCUUGGGCUUUUUAACCUGAUGCUGCCAACUGCCGCUCCGCCUUCAGAUCAGCCGGACUUAGCACCACAGUCAUUCUUGCCGACCUUCUUCCACCUAUGGUCUACCAUCAACCGCUCGAUGAUGACCGAUACACGAUUCUUGGACAUCUUCUCCAGACAAGCUAGGGACUGUCUGGGAGCUGAGCACAUUCCGUUCGGACCUUGCGGGCUGUUCACGGAGGAGCAAUCAUCCCUCAUCUUUACCGCAGUGCUGAGACUGCUUGAGAUUCCAGUGGGGCAGGCAACCACACCCUACAGCGCAACGGUUGAUCUGGGUGCCGGUAAUGCUAUUUUACUAGAGCGGGACCCGAGAAAACAUCCUGUCAGCCACAGCAUUGCUCGAUGGAUCGUAAUGUCGCUGUCACCACAGUGCCUGGAAGCCAAGGACGGCAAGUCGGUGCUGCACCAGCUAGAAGCGCUAUUGCAGGGUAUUGAGACAUUCUUCCACCCGUCAAACUCCGGCAGCUGGACCAAGCCUCUGGCACAGCUCAUCUACUACCUCGCGGACUUUUUCGUCAUGCGAUGGAACCGCGAGCAGAGCGGCGAGUACGACAUUCCGGCUGAUCGCAAGCUCAACGACGAAGUCAAGCGUCGAUUCGUGCUCUGUCUGAGGGACGUCGUCUUCAUGGGCAUCUACGCGAAGAGCGGUACGGCCAUGAACUACGCGCUUAGCACGCUACAAAGCCUCGCCUCGCUCGAGCCCACACUCAUCCUGCCUGGCGCUCUGCAGCGCAUCUAUCCUGCCAUGCAGGGCUUGGUGGAGGUUCACCGUACAGUCUCUUCCAUCCGUGCACUCCAGAUGCUCAGCAAGAUCAUUGCCAAGACAAAAGGCUUCAGAUGCCAUCUCACCACAUUGCUUGGGCUAGCUCUACCUGGUGUCGAUGCAAACGACUUGGACAAAACGAUGCACAGUCUGGCUUUCAUCCAGGCAGUUUGCUACAACAUCCCGCUGCACGACCUUACCAAGGCGCCCAAGCACGAAAAGAGUGACCUUAAUGGGGACUACGAGAUGGUCGAUCAUGGCUCUCCGUCAGCGCAAGGCGGCAGCACAGACCUGGCUGUCCAGUGGAUCACCUCGCAAGUGAGCCACUUCGAGCAAGCAGGGCCUGGUCUUGAGAUCGACUACGCUGCCGAAAUGUCGGAUGAGGACGAAGAGGCUAUACUCAAGUCUUCGACUGCUGGCUUUUCAGAGUUCAUCAUUAGCUUUCUCGGCCGGGUGUUCACUCUUCUGCAGAAUCUACCUGAUGCAGCCAGAGUCAAGAGCGGCAGUCCAGAAGAGAAUGUCGUCAAUACCCUGCCAGCAACCUUCAGCCCGCUUCUCGCCAGCCUGAGCCCGGAGCUCUACGAUGUCGCACUGGAGCACGUCGCACGCUUCGUCUCGAAUCAUGUCGUACAUCAAGCACGAGACGCGAUGGCCUUCAUCUGCAACGCAAUGGUCAAGAUCUCACCAAAGAAGGCCCUCGGCCGCUUGCUGCCAGACCUCAUCUCCAGCAUCCGGACUGAGAUCAGCGAGAACGGAGCUGGAUCAACUCGGACGACAGGAAGUGAGAUUCUUCCCAGAGACCGCGCCCUCGUGUGGCAUGUUUCGCUCCUUAGUAUGUGCGUUGUCCACGUCGGCAAAGACAUUCUCGAGUUCCAGGAGGAUCUCUUCUCGAUUGCCAAUUAUAUGCAGGAUACCUGCAAGGGCAUUCCACUAGUGCAUGUCAGUAAUUUCGUGCACCAUCUCCUGCUCAACUUAACUGUGACGUACACCAUCGACUAUAGCCUGUUCAACAAGUCUGAACUCGAGAAGGGCCUGAGUACUGAGUCCUGGGGACGUACAGUGGAUCCGACAACGCUGGAGAUCCAGUGGCAUGUUCCUGAGCAGGAAGAGCUGGCUUUCGCCACCAGAGUAUGCGAAGCGCAGGGAGGUCGAGCGCUGAAGGCUCUCAACGAGCUCAUCUCGGACACAGCUCAGAUCAAGCGUGAUGGCGUUGGCAAGGACUGGUCGGACGAGGUCAGCAGAAAUCUGGUACUGCUUCGGCUGAUCAUCUCGGGCGUGUCGCGACUCUUCCGAUCGGAUGAUGGCUCCGUCACGCCAUUCACGUUCGAUGACACUGCGGUCAAUGAGCAGAUGGACACUGACGACGACUCGCACGACCUGAAUGAGCCUGAUGAGGAGAAGAUCAGGCGUGCUUUCCACUACCCGACUGGCUACCCACUGGAGAUCGGCAGCGAGUCGUACGAGACUGUCCACAGGUUCCGAAAGACCGUUGGAGAGACGCUGCACAGAGUCCACGAGUUCCUGGUGAAGAACCAAGAAGACGAUGUGCCUUGCUUCAACAGCCUGUACACAGCCUACAAGAGCUGGUUCAUUGACAUCGGCAUCGAGCGAUCAGCGCACGUGCUGGACAGGCUUACGCGGCUGUUGAGCGCGGACACCCAUCCUUUCAAGUUCUCAGGAACACGAAAGCAGUACCCGCGGCCGUUGCUCGUACGAAGAGCCAACCUCUACCACUUCCAACGGCUGCGGUUCAAUGAGCACCCACGAGCGGCUUCGGAGCUUGACAAGACACUUCUCCUCGACCUGGCCAAUUCGAGCACGUCAGUGUAUACCGACAUCCGCCGCACAGCGCAAUCAGCAGGCGAGCAAGCCAUCAAGAGCAUCGUCGGCGCAAAGCCGCUCAUCAUCCCUACGCUGCUUAACGCUCUCGAAGAAGCGCUGAAGAAGGGUGACCACCCUCGCAUCAAGGGCGCCAUGUUCUCGCUUCUCUUCGGCAGCCUCGCGAAGCCGAUCGGAAGGAACUGGAAGUUUGCACCGCGCAUGAUCAAGCUGUUUAUUGAAGUCAGCGACGCCGAUCGUCCGAGCAUUCAGAAGCUGGUGGGUCAGAGUAGUUUUUCGAUCCAGGGUAUGACGAAUGCUAUGGACCGGAUGGUCAUCCUGGACGAGGCGACGCUGAAGGCGAUCUGGCCGGGUGAUAGCGACAGUCCAAGAACCGUUGCGAGAACGAUCGAAGAGGCUGACGCACUGGUGCCGCCGAAGAAGGAUAAGAUCCAGCAGAGACGCAAAGUCGUCGAGGCGAAGAAGAGCGAGUUGGCUGCCGAGCUGAUUGAUAUGGUCAAGAAGUCGCAUUGGAAGAAAGCCAGCAGGACCGCUGUCAUGGUCAUCGGGCUCGACUACCGCUUCGAGACGAUCGCUUCGCAGGCUAUGUUGGAGCUGGUGGUGAAGGGUGUCAUUGACCCGCAUCCGCAGCUGCGGACACUUUAUGCGACGUCUCUUAAUGCCAUCUUCAGCUUGGUCCAGACGAGAGCGCUGACAGGACACAAGUACGAGAACUACCUCAAAGACGAGCAACAUGAUCCGGAUGAGUUGGUCGCACCGACUGAGCGCGACGAUCCGACGUGGACGCAGCGGUAUCUCGAAGCUUUCACCAAGCCGGAGACGGACAUGUACCUUGACAGCGACUUUCCGGGCUGGCUGGUGUGGCAGAAGACGAUGCGCGGGUAUCACACCGGACCCAGCAAGCUGGAGUACGAUGAGCUGGAGACCAAGGUGCGGAAGCAGAUGGGUUCGUACAUUGACCGGCAUUGGCUCUCGACGUACUUCGGUUACAUGAAGCAAGAGCCGCGCGACCAGCAGGCCGAUCGGUUCAGGAUGCACAGCUCGAUGAUUGUCGCUUAUGCGAUGGAUUUGCUUGCUGCUGGGCUCACGGUGGCGACGUUUGACGAUGUCAAGGAUCUGGCGCAAGCGGUGUAUGGUGAUGGCAGCGACAAGCAUCAGCACCGCGCUAUGGCUGAGAUCAUGGGCGCUAUGCUCUCGAGCGCGGAGGACUUCAGCGUCGAGCUCAAGGAGAAGAUUUGGGAGUUUGCGUUCCCGAUUCUGAGGAGGAUCUUCACGGAUGGUCUGACGCCGGAGAAUGCUUCGUACUGGUCUACCCUUGUCACGCUUGUGGUCGGCGGGAAGGAUCCUCGCCGAGCGUGGCCGAUGAUCGACUGGUUGGCGGGUUUCCGUCUGGACAUGGACACCAAUGCUGCGUUCAAGGAGAGUUCGAAGAUCACUUUGCUCGGACUGGUCAUCAGCUCGUGUGGCUGGCACUUCCAGCUCGAGAAGCCUGUCGUGGAGAACUUUUUGCAGCAUCUCGAUCACCCGUACAAGGGCGUAAGAGAGGUCAUGGGCACGACGCUCAGUACGAUUUUUAGGACACGGUAUCACGAGUCGUACAAGGACAUCCCGUCGCUGCUGGAGGACCAGCGCACUGCUUCGAGCGUGGGAAAGAGGCCUUACCAACCUACAGAGGAGUUCUCGGCGAUUGUGAAGGAUGUCUUUGAGCGGCUUGAGAAGUGGCGUAAAGAGCGACCGCCGGGGAUUCAGACACCGACACCUUAUACACAAGCCAGCAAGACCGUGUUGCUGUGGCUCGACACCUCCCUCGCCUCCUACGACUGCACCGUCCUCGUCCCCUUCUUCCCGCACGGCUUCAUGGAGCAGCUCCUGCACAUGAUGGACAUCAAAGAGGAUCCGGAGCUGCAAUCCCUCGCCUACCACGUCUUCCGCCACUUACCAAACAUCCCGCACCGGCCCGGCGAAGACACAGCAUUCGUCGCCUCUCUCAUAAAAAUCGGCCGCGAAUCGACGUCCUGGCAUCAGCGGCUGAGAGUGCUGAUCAACAUGCAAGUCAUCUACUUCCGCCACAUCUUCCUCAUGCCCCUGAAACAGUCCAACGACCUCUUCGUCUGCGUGAGGGGGAUGCUCCACGAUCCGCAGCUCGAAGUUCGGCUCGGAGCCGCCGCGACGUUGGGCGGCAUGGUGCGCUGCUCGCCGACUGGGUUCCGGAACGAGAAGAUCGACGAGCUGAAGAAGCAUUUCUACAAACUCCUCGUCGAUAACCCGUUGCCGAAACGGCCUAAAGGCCAAGCUGCGCCGAGUGGCACGAACACCCCAACCCAAGAACAGAACCGCGUCGUCCUGGCCCGCCACGCAGCGGUUCUGGGUUUGGGAGCGCUGGUGCAGGCUUUCCCCUACACGUCACCGCCGCAGGAGUGGUUACCGGAGGUUCUGGCGACGCUUGCGGGGAAGGCGGCGGGGGAUCCGGGGAUGGUGGGGAAGAGCGUGAAGACGAUUCUGAGCGAUUUCAAAAAGACGAGGCAGGAUACUUGGCAGAUUGACGUUAAGGCGUUCACGCAGGAGCAGUUGGAGGAUUUGGAGGGGGUGUUGUGGAAGAGUUAUUUUGCUUGA